CACUCGGACACUACUGCAAAAUAAAUCAUCUCCAACCUCCCAUUCUUUACUCCAUAGCCAACAAAUUAUCCCCAUUUAUACAAACUAACAAAAAAAAAAAUGGAGGACAAAAAUCCUCCCACAAAACCUAGGGUGGUCUGUUGCAUAGGUGAUAUCCAUGGCUACAUAACAAAGCUUCAAAAUUUAUGGUCAAAUCUUGAAUCUUGCAUUGACCCAUCUGAUUUUUCCACUGCCCUUAUAAUUUUCUUGGGUGAUUACUGUGACAGAGGUCCAGAUACUCCUAAAGUUUUAAACUUUUUAAUUUCUUUGCCCUUAAAAUACCCAAAACAAACCCAUGUUUACCUUUGUGGAAAUCAUGAGUUUGCUUUUGGAGCAUUCUUGGGUGUACUACCAAGUCCAAAUGAUGGAUCUGAAUUUAAAGAAACAUGGAAAGAGUAUGAAAUGAAUGAGGAAAGAGAAGGGUGGUAUAAAGGUGAAGGCUUUGAGAAUAUGCAUUUGCAAGGGAGAAGAAGGGCUGGAAAUCAUACUAAGGGUAUUGAGUGUAAAGGUUCUAUUUAUGAUGCCGCUCCUACUUUUGAAUCUUAUGGUGUUCCUCAUGGUUCUGCUGAUCUUAUGAAGGCAGUUCCUGAUGAGCACAAGAAGUUUCUUGCCGAUUUAGUCUGGAUUCACGAAGAGGACGAUGUUUGCAUAAAAAAUGAAGAAGGAAUUAAAAGCUGCAAACUAAUUGCUGUUCAUGCUGGUCUGGAGAAAAAUAAAGUUGUUGAGGAGCAGAUUAAAACCCUUAAAGCAAAGGACACAAGGAUUUCUAAGGUGGAACCCCUUAGCGGAAGGAAGAACGUAUGGGAAAUUCCUCAGGAACUGAGCAAAACUCCAACAAUUGUCGUAAGUGGUCACCAUGGGAAAUUCCAUAUUGAAGGUUUAAGACUGGUAAUAGAUGAAGGUGGUGGACUAGAAGAUAAUCCAGUGGCCGCAGUAGUGCUUCCUUCAAUGAAAGUUGUGAGGGAUACUGAUCGUUUGGUGAAAUAGACUAUGGUUUGUGUCAAAUUUAUUGACCCUUUCUGUUUAAAACAGAAAUAACCAAACUAAAUUGCAAAACCAAAAAAAACUAGACCCCAGUGGUUUUUGGAUCAACAAAUAACUCGUAUUAUGUUGAAUCAUAUUAUGUUGUAGAUGUAGUCAAUAGAUUUACACAGUAAGCCUGUAUUGAACAAACUUCAAGCCUGUCGAGAAUCAUAUUAUAUUGUAGAUUCUCUACUUUUUGAUAUACUGCUCGUAUACGGGAGACUUUCCCUUUAGUAGUGAAAUUAUUUACCUUUUCCUGGUAAAUUUUCUGACU